AUGUAAACUUCUAUUGAUUUGCCUUCUCCGUUGGGCAUUGUUCAAACUUCUUCAAUAACUAGUACUGGGAAAAUAUUGGGUCCAGAUUAUGAAACCAAUUUAAAGAGUGCAGCAAAAAGGAGUGAAGAAGAUAAAUUAUUUAGAAAGUAAAAUUAAAUGAAUGAUAAUGAUGAAUUUGAAGCUAUGGAAGUUUAAAAUGGUGAUUAAACAUCUCUAAUAUAUUAUUAUAAAGCUUUGAAGAUGGAUGAAGAAUUAUAACAAAACGAAAAUGAAAUUAUCAACAUUGUGUAAAAUAGACCAAAAUUAGGAAUGAUAGAGGGAAGUUUAAUGAAAAAAAGUCCUCAUUGGUUUUAAGGCUAUUCAUAGAGAAAUUGUAUAUUAAGAAAUAGAGUAUUUAGAUAUUAUAAUAUUGAAAAUAAGAAACUCUAAGGAGUUUUAAAUUUUGAUGUUUAGUCAUUUCAAUUAUAAGAAAUAUAAGAUAAAAAUGGAAAUACAGUAGAAUUUAUGUAUAAAUAUCUUUAUUAUUGUAGUUUAAAACCUUUAGGUUAAACUCAAAAGGUAUUUCAGUUUAAGGGAGGAACUUUAGAACAAACGAAAACAUGGGUUUAAUUGAUAAAAUAACAUUUAUAAGAUUCUAUAGGUUCAUUGAAAGUGUUGAAAUCAUUAAGUUCAUAUGAACGUUUUUGGAGAGUAAUAAAUUAUUUAAUUAUAUAUUUUAGUUUGAACGCAUUUCAUCAUUAUAGAUAAUGGAAGAUGCUGAUGAUGGUGAUAUUUUAUUGUUUCAAGGGAAAGACAUUAAUUGUCAUAUUUAAAGAUCAUUAACAUAAUCUAGUUUUGAUCACAUUGGAAUUUUAAUACGUUUGAAUGAAAAUUAAUUAUAUUUAUUUGAAGCAUUACCUUUACAUGGAGUUGGACUAUGUCGUUGGAGUAAAUUUGUUAUGUGUAAGUGGAAUUAUCUAUAUCAUAAGUAAUAUCACUAUAUAUUUAAAUAGAAUUAUAUAUAGAAAAUUAUAGGUCAUACGAGAUGAGAAUUUUAAAUCAAGAAUACAUGAAUUUGUUACUGAGAAUAUUGGUAAAUAAUAUUCUUUUAAUCCAACUAAACUAUUAAAAUUUAAAUCGACAAUGCUUUAAGAUCCAUAAUAAUAAUAAACUAGAACAUUUUUUUCUUCUGAACUUGUAGCAGCUUGUUAUAAAUUUUUAAAUCUUUUAUCUAAAGAGAUUUCAUCCACAUAAUAUUGGCCAGGUUCUUUUUCUUCAGAAAACCAGAAGUUAUCUCUUUAAUAUGGAAGUUUAAGUGAAGAAUAUCUAAUAGAUUUUGAGGGUGAAUGA